AUGGCGGUCUUGGUGACAGUCGUCUCUCUUUCACUAACUGGUCAGCCGCUUACACCGGUAAACGCAUUCAUUUUGCUUUCCCUUAUCAAUUUACUUCGAGAGAAUUUCUGCGUAAACUUGGCUUAUGGUUUUCUUCAGUCAUAUGACGCUUAUGUUUCCCUGAAUAGAAUUCAAGACUUUCUUCUUUUAGACAAUGUAACCUCAACUAGCUCCACGAGAAAAAACAAAGAAGAGAGCGAAAAGGUGCCAGUUACUCGCAAAGUAACAGAAUUAGAACAGGAUCUUAUCUUACUUGUUGAAAAUGGCAUGCAACAGGAGAAAGAUAGAGAUGAAGGAUUCAUUUUACGGAAUGUAGAAUUCACCACUAAGAAGGGCAGUUUGGUAGCUCUUAGCGGGCCAGUAGGCAGUGGAAAGUCGACUCUUCUCGCAACGAUCGCUGGCGAAGGAACAAGCAAGAAAUUAGCCAUAUCCCGCAGAGGAACUAUUAUUUAUGUGCCACAGAUUGCUUGGUUAUUCUCUGGAACGAUCAGAGAAAACAUUUUGUUUGGAGAGCCCUACGAGGAAUCCAAGUACUCUAGAGUGAUCCAAGCUUGUGCUUUAGGAGAUGACAUCCAGCAGUUUCCCGAUGGUGACAAAGCAGUUGUUGGAGAGCGCGGUGUUGCUCUUAGUGGAGGUCAGCGGGCAAGAGUAAGCUUAGCACGCGCAGUCUAUGCCGAUGCAGACCUUUACCUGUUAGAUGAUCCCCUUAGUGCUUUGGAUUUCAACGUUGGCCGGCACAUCUUCACGCACUGCAUCAUGGGCUUGCUAGGAGAAAAGACCAGAUUGAUCGCUUCUCACCACGAGCAACUAAUGAGAGAAGCUGAUGAUGUUAUUGUAUUACUAAAAGGCGAAAUGUUAGGUAAGGGAUGUUUUGAAGAACUGAAAGCAAAGGGGCUUCUAAAUACCACUGUUGAUCCGCUGUAUAAGAAAGACAAAGAAUCAAGUGCAAGCUUAGCAGAACAGGGCACUGGAGAGAAACCGAUUUCGGACUUGUGUGAGAGAACCAUGCCCAACGCCAAUGAAUUCAAGGCUCUUCGCGUGACAAAAGAAGAUUGUGCGAACGGAGUGGUGUCCACGAAACUUUAUUGGAACUACUUCAGAAACGGAACUCCUUUGACCGUGAUCAUUGCAGGAAUUUGUUUUUGUUUUAUUACCCAAGGUAACAGAAGGUUUGAGCGAUCUUGUUUUAAAGCAUUGACAGUAUUUGAAGGUCAACAAAAUCCACCGCAAAGCGGUGAAGUUAUUUUCUUAGCCUUCAAAUGUUCGCCAAGCUUGUUCCGAGGGUCCUCGCCUACUCGUCCUCCUUCUCCCUCUCCCUCCACCAUUUAGGGCGAUAGUUCAUUGAGUCUCAUUGUCCUCAUUCCAAGGCAAAACACACACGCACCCUUCACUUACACCAGUGCACUUCCAAAAGUUCAAUAAAGCUCUGUAGAAGACGUUUUAGUGAUGACUAAGUAUUGAUUGAAACUUGAGUUUCUACCACGGACGGAUCGUGUGUAAACGAUAUGCGGUUAAAAUUGCAUAACGGCGAGUGAGGGCAGAUAUAAUUCACUUUUUUACGACUUUUUUGUAAUUUAAAUCCUCAUCAGAAAUCCGCAUCUGUAAGGUUUUAGUUUAAUUUCUGAUUUCACUUUACACUUGAAGAAUGCGCUCACUUUUAACCGUGCAAGGUACUGUUACAAAAUAUUUACCACUUUUUUUUAGCAAUGCUAGUGUCCCCCGACGUUUGGCUGUCGUUGAUGGUAAGGAAACGACCAGAGUAUCAACGAGACAAGCGGAACUUGACGAUCUAUGGAGGUCUUGUCGGUGCAGCUUUCAUCCUACUUGUCAUCCGAGCGUUUGGAUUCUACUUGGUAUCCUUAAGAAGUUCCGAGCGUCUCCAUGACAAAAUGGUCGUUGCGGUUCUACAUGCACCGGUCUUCUUCUUUGAUUCAAACCCCGUGGGAAGAAUUUUGAAUCGGUUCUCUAGAGAUAUUGGCUGCAUGGAUGAAGUAUUGCCUAAAACGUUUCUGCAGUCAGUCCAGCUGUUCCCGCUCUUGUUCACGUCCAUUCUUCUGCCAACGAUCACCAACCCUUGGGUUCUGUUUGCUGUUGUGCCAAUAGCUGUGUCGGCAGGACUUUUUUCAAGGUAUUACUUAAAGACAUCCAGGGAGCUUCAAAGGUUGGAGUCAAUCUGCCGCAGUCCUGUCUAUUCGCAUAUUUCGGAAACCUUGGAUGGACUGGACACAAUAAGGACACGAAAAAGAGAAGAAGAUUUCGUCGCUCGCUUUCACAGGUAUUUAUACCUUCAUAGAAAAUUUCCUUUUGUGUUAGCCCUCGGACAAACACAUUCAAAUUCAUACCCACACCGUGGUACAAAGGAGAGGGGUGGAUUUUACCCCCCAAGAGUUUUGUUAUUUGUUGCAGUAUUUUGAAACGAUUUUACCUUAAGUGGAAAGCCUUUGAUCUUGUUAACAAGAUGAGAUAUAUUUUAAGGGUGGUUGUGCUGCUAGAGGCCUGUGACGUCACUAACAAUGGUUGCCAUCUUGGAUUUUACCAAGAAUUAAAAAUCAUAUCAAGACCGCGAGAGAUGGUAAUGUUUUGUGCUUUACAUGAAAAAUAACACAUAAGAUUUUAGUAAAAAGAUUUACUUUUUUUCUUGAAAGAAGUUUAGAAAACAUGUAUUUUCACCGAAAAUUGGCUUGACCACAUGCUACUCAUGACAUCAUAUCUCGUAACCAUAGCAACUGACCAUCACUAAACUUGUCUCAAAAUCUGCGCGAGGGAUGAACGAAUAGCUACUGAAAACGUCAGGUGCUGAUGUUUUAUCCUCUAGGGAAAAACUGAGAAAAACCUUAUAGGGCGGGGGGAGGGGGAGGGAGGUGGCAUCCAUCACCCCCACCCCUGGUACGUCCGAGGGUUUAUUCAAGAACUCGUAUUUCGGAUUCCAAUGCAAUGAGAACCCAGGAUCCCGGAUUCCACAUUAUUCUUGGAGCGAUGAGUGAUAUUUAUGAACCUGAUAGUGAUAAACACAGACCGUUUUGCAUUUGGUGUAGAAAGUUCGUCUAUGUUGUGAAUAAAAAGGCUAAUCUUACAUGGUGCGAGCGUGUUGGAAAGUUCUGGUUGAUCGUUCGAUUCAAUAGACGACGUGCUUAAUCUUGAAAAGUUGCCUAUGUUUUCGCCUAGUUUUGGAAUCAUUUCGAAACCAUUGAAAGCUAGGAAGCGACUAAUUGCUUUGAGAAUGUGGGUGAUGGUUAAAAAUGAAAGGAAGUCUAUCGAUCUUUUCCUUGUGUAACAUUUGUAGUGCAGAAUGCCAGGCAAUCCAUCUGUCGUGCACAUUAAUGACCUUUGUUUACGUUGGGCGUAGCUAUGAAUUUACAGAGGAACGCGUUGUCUUUAAAAUCAGCCAAAACCCGUGUCCGAGAUGGUUUCUGCAGAGUGCCUUGAUUAAAUUCAGUCAAUUAUGUUUCUUAUCAGUAUGUUUUUACCAAAGCUUUUGGUCCAAAUCGUUUUGACAAAACCCAGAAACCUUAGAGUGUGGGCAUAUAACCCUUCCUCCCCUAACUCAACACCCAAAAACCGAACGAUGUUGUAGCUAAACGCUUCUGAGGUGCAAUUAAUCAUCAGUUCUUGGCUGUAGGUGUCAAGAUGUACAUACAAAAUCGUGUAUCCUGUUACUUGCCGGCGGCCGAUGGCUUGGUGUACGGUUGGACAUUCUUUCCGCUCUGUUGACUGGUACAGUGGCUCUUGCUGCAGUUUUUGUUUCCGAGGAUCCUGGUAGGUACCUUUAUAAACUGGAUGACGAUGAGUAUGAUAAAAAAUCGUAUGAAAAUCAAAACGAAGGGUGUUUGAGGCCGAAAACUCUCUCAGAGAAGUUAACGAGAAGUGUCCCUUGCAUGUUAUCAGUUUUCUUUAUUACUUAACAUUGGCGGAUCCACACCUUGAGAUAAGAGAGAGGCGGGGGGCGGUCAUACAGACCCUUAGAUAAGGGGGAGGGGGCAGGUCUCGAAAACGUUUUUUUUCGGACCUUCGGGGGGAUCUGCCACUGCUUAAGCAAUCGUCUACGCCACCUUUCUGGUCUUGCGUAAGUAAAUACUUGAACAGGAAAAAUCUAUAGGGAGAUUUUACGUUCGCUCGGGAAAAUCGCCCCAUAUUAGGUGAUCCAUGACAGUCUUGGAUGAUGGUUUCCACGCUGUGGAUUACUCGAUGCCGGAUCCUUUGUAAGUGGAACUUGGAUCCCGAUUUCAAUCGUUAGCGAGAUUGCGGAUUCCUUGAGCUGAACAACGGAUUGCAAACCCCAAAAUUCCGGAUUCCACAGGAAAAAUUUCCCGGAUUUUGGAACCCGGUUUAUCUUGCUUGUGUCUAGAAAAGAGGUUUGAAUUCAAGUUUUGUCGUAACUGAAAAAUUUCUCGUUUACUUCUUGCAGCUUUUGUUGGACUAUCUCUUGUUUAUGUUGUCCAGACCGUGAAUUUGACACAAUUUGCUGUCCGUAAGUUAACAGAGGUUGAAAAUUUAAUGACUGCAGUAGAACGAGUUAUCGAUUACACCAAACUUGACUCUGAACCUGGUUACGAUGUGAAACGACUUCCCCCGGAAAAGUGGCCAGACAAAGGAAGUAUCAAUUUUCAAGACAUAUCAUUGGCGUAUUAUCCAGGGGGUCCUCAGGUUCUAAGGAAUAUUUCUUUAAGCAUCAAAGCAGGAGCUAAGAUUGGAGUUGUGGGUCGCACGGGGUCAGGGAAAUCUUCGUUUGUGGCUGCACUAAUGCGCAUGCCUGAGGCUGAAGGAGACAUUUUGAUUGAUGAUGUUGUAUUGGGAAGUAUCAAUCUACGAGGGUCUCGACAGGCAAUAACCGUUCUUGGGCAAAAUCCCGUCCUGUUCAGUGGAUCAAUGAGAAAAAAUCUAGACAUAGUGGAACAGUUUCAAGACGCUGAUCUUUGGCGAGCUUUAGAACAAGUCCAAAUGAAAAAUCUUGUAGAGAAUUUAGAGGGGCAGUUGGAUUACGAAUUACUGGAGCAAGGUGCAAAUUUAAGUGUGGGAGAAAGGCAGCUUAUCUGCUUGGCUCGUGUUCUCUUGCUGAAUAAGAAAAUCGUCAUUUUGGAUGAACCCACCGCUCAUGUUGAUCCAGACACAGAGCAAACGAUUUGGAACGUGGUGCAUGAAAAGCUAAAGCACUCCACUGUUAUAACAAUAGCUCAUCGGUUAAAUACCGUAAGCGACUGUGACAAAAUUCUAGUUUUAGACACUGGUAAAGUUGAUGGAUUUGAUAACUUCAAUGUUUUACUUAAUAGGAGCGGAACUAAGUUAAAUGAAAUGACUUAA